UCGAGAUAUCUCGAUAACCGUUUCAACGGAGCAAACUAUUCGCAGAGAACGGCUCGCGCGAACAACGACAACGGGUGUUUCGAUUUCGACUUCGACUUCGACUUCGUUCUCGAUCUCGACGGAUGCGGACGGUACGUGGACAAGGCGAAGCCGAUGCUGGGCUACAGCUUGGAGGGCAGAAUUUGUUCCGGCCUGAAAGAGUUCGUUUGCGAUCCGAAUUCACGGUACUCGAAACGCUUUCCGUGCGUGAAGAAGUGGCUGGAUCGCACGGACGCGUUUCUCGGCAAGGACGCCACCGCGGGGGAGGAAACGAUCGAGCGCGCGACCGAGUAUACUGCCGAAGCCGGCCCGGCGAGACGGUUCGCGAACAACGGUGCCGCGAACAGCGGCGCGGACAAAAUGUGCCAUCGCGGGCUCCGCGCCAUUGUCGCGGAUCGCAACGACUCGAAGAACAUCGAGGUCCGCCGAUACAUCGACGAGAAAGAUUAUUGGUUGCCCCGGAGCUGCGCAAACGGUGGAUCGGCGGAGCGCCCGAAAGGGACCGAUCGCAGCAGCGAUCUGGAAGUGGAAGUCGAUUCGUGUUCCGAACGGAUCGUCGAAAGGCGCGCCGCGAGCUCGCUUCGUCGAAACGAAACGAACGAUGGGAGAUCGGCGCGAGAGAAAAGAUUUUCCGAGCGCGGCCGAGGACUCGAAAGCGACGCGAGAGACUGGGAAAACCCUCGCGCCGCGAAGACGCGCGACCACGCGCGUCGAACGAUCGAACGCGCUUGUUCCAAAUUGAAACUUCUGAUUUAUCGCGCGACGCGCGAGGACGGUUCGACGGCUCCGACUCCGGCAAAAGUGACCAGCGUCUCCGUACCCUGCAGACCCGGUCGUUUGAUCGUUCGGAUAUUCGAGGCGGUCCCGUCCUUGUCGGAGCGCUGUCUCGUUCCGACGAGAAGGAAGUUCGAAAACGGAAUUCGGAACGCGUGUUCCCGUUUGAACGGGAUUUUGAAGAAGCUCGAGGACGCGGAAGCGAAAGAGCCGCGUCUCGUGUGCGAGAUUCGAUCCGGUUUCAUCGAUCUGACCCUUCGGCGUUCGAGGACGUCGAAGCCUCGAUUGUUCUUGGCCCGUUUGCCGAUCCGUCGCAGCCACCCGAAAGGAGAGUCGCGUCGCGAACGUACGCGCGAAGGAAACUCGGGCUCCCGACGCGGGGACCUCGUACGUCGCGGAAACUCCGACGCUUCGGUCGACGGCUGUUUCGGCGCGUUUCGCGGGUCGAGCUCGCCUUGCGAUUCGACGAACGCGACGAUUCGCGCCGAGAGAGAAUUACCCGGCGAACGAACGAACUUCCCGUGGAUCGGGAAACCGGAGAAGGAAGUAUCUUUUUGUUUCGCGAACCCGCGGAGGGCUUCGCCGGCCGGCACCAACGACGAAAGACGUUGCAAAUCGGACGCAACGGACUCCGAUCGCGUCACCCUACCGUUCUGCGACGAAAACGUGCGAGAAGCUAACGAUUCGCAAGAAUCGAUCGAUACCGAAGCGGAGUACGUAUCGGAUACGGAAACAGCGGAGAAGAGCGCGGAGUCGCGCGAUUCCGAAUCCCCUUCCACCUCGGACAGCUCGAGGAAGGUCGAGCAAACGGUUUCGAGAGAAGAGCGCGCGAAUGUCCGCGGCCUCCGACAACGUCUCUGCCGCGAUCCGCGCGAAAAGGACGACGGACCGCGAAGCGUUCUCGGGGCGAGCGGUUUCGGGUCGCGUUCCUCGGAAAAAGGCGCGUCGAACUCGGCGAUGGAAUCGAAAACGGAGAUUCGACGGAUCGGAAAUAGCGUCGUUCGAAUGGAAAAAAGUAAUUCGGCGACGGCGCCGAGUGCUCCGACGAAGAAAGGGGCAGCACCGGUGACGAAACGAAGCGCGGAGAUCGCCGAAAAAUUCAACGCCGACUCCGUUCGCUCGUCGAACUCGAAUCGCGCCGAGCCGAGGCGCGGCUCCAAGUGUUCCUGCUGCGGCGAGGAUCUCUCGGACGCGGAGAGGAUCGACUUCGGAUCCGUAAGGGUGACCGUGUCGAUCGAGUCGAAAACGAGCUCUUCCAAAACCGAAAUCUCGAUUCGAGACGUCGCGGACGAAGCGAGCGACAGAAGCGAAUCGCGUUCCGCGCCUCCGAUACUGGAAACAACGGGCAACGCCGUGGACAGGGCGCGCGAGACGUUCGGCCGUUCUUCCGCUUCUCGUCCGACGAUUCCUCGAACGUGGUCGAUUCGAGAUAGAUCUUCCGGAACAAUCGCGUCUUCGAACGAAAAGGCGAUCCACGAAGGCGAUCGCGAAACGGUCGGAAGAACGAACGUCGAGGAGCGGCCGCGUCGAUCGAACGUUUCCGAUCCGGACGGCUUGCCGGAGAACGAUUUCCGCGAAAGGACCUCGAGGCCCGGAUCUCCGCGUCGUCGAUCCUCCCCGAGGUCGAAGUCCGGGAGGACGAUUCGCUCCACGCGCCACGCGAUUCGCGAUUCCCGCUCCGCGCAGGAUCUUCGGCCGAAAUCGCGCCGGAGAGCGCGGAACUGCUCCGACCGCGUCUGCAAAAAUCGGUUUUGUUCCUUUCCGGCGGCGUCGCUGGAUCGAUUGAAGUACUUGAUCCGCAAGAAACUCCGCGGACUGUUGCUGGAGGAGCGAAACAAAGGGACGCGCGCGUCGAAGACGUUCCUGAAGAACGAGAGGUACUUGGUCAGCGCCUCGAGCGGAAAGCUGAACGAGGAACGCGCGAUUCGCGACACCCGUUCCAGCAGCGUCCGCGACGGGCAACGCGUUCGCGACAGGCCGGAGCCCGGGCCCGGGCAAGCCGGAGAAACCGGCGGAAGCGACGUUUCCGGAAGGAAGAAAGCCACCCUUGACGGUGCCGUUGGGGAACGACGUCGGAGAACGACCCGACGCGGUGUAUUCGAGAGAAUCGAGGUCGCGGAUAUUCCGAGGGUUUUCGGUCCGAAACGAAAGUGGAAAUUCGUCGGCGCGAGCGAUCGUACCGAUGGAGACUCGACGUAUUCGAGACUGUUCAAAGGGCGCGAAGAUCGCGGCGAAGAUUUUGUAAUUUUGUACGACGACUAUGAAAGAUACGCGAACGAUAUCUGCGCCGACUUCAGACUGAAAUUGUUGCAAUACGUUGCACUGUGCAAGAGCGCGAAGGAUGCGCUGAGCAAACGAUUUCGAUCGGAUGCACGCGCGGUCGGCUCGAACUCGAGCUAGCCAACGAGAUCGAUGCGUCGCGACGACCGUUUCCGUGCUCUCUCUCUCUCUCUCUCUCUCUCUCUCUCUAAUCGAACUCUUGCCACUGUGUUCUUUGUCGCCUGCUUUCGCGCGAGCAUCGUUCCACAAAGUGGCCCGUAACCUUGCGGAAAAGCGCUUUUCCGUUGGCCCGCGAAUCCGCUUUCUCGCGCUUCUCGGCGUAAAGCGUGUAAUCGUAGAUCGCGUACAAACCUUUCUACCGCUUUACGCGGUAUUUCGUUUAAUUUACAAGGAUUAAAUAAUUAUAAUCAACGGAGAACGCAGCACGGUACCGGAGAGAUCGGACUACGAAUUAAAUGUUUUAGUCCGAUCGUCCACCUUCGCGUCGCGUACCUCCUUACGCGCACCAUCGUCGAACCCAACGCCGUAACCGUUAACGUUCGAUAACGUUGCUCGUCGUCGGCUAAUCGAGGAAGCGCGAACGUCGCCGGCGAUGGUCGGCGGCCGAGCGAGUUCGCCGACGAAAAUUUCGCGACGGUUUCUUGCCGCGAACGAUAGCGAAAGCCCCCCGCGUUAUUCGAGGCGCGCGGAUUCCGCCGAGCGGAGCGGAGCGCGGAGCAGAUAAAGAGUAUUGUAGUCCAACCAUUGAGAGCAGCAGCAUCCAUCCCUCCGGCCAGAUCGAUAUUUCCUGGCAACCACUGGAGAGGGUACCCGCACCGGUUACUCCGUGUUUGUAACAAUGCGAGUCGACUCCUAACGGCUAGCGAAAGAUUCGAGCCGUCGCGUCGCGUCGGCACCCCCGGGUUUCUCCCUCGUCUCUCCCGAUUCGCAUCCCUCUUCUCGACGUCCCCGGAACAAGAAAAAGCUCGAUGGUCGGUACCGUGUAAUUCGAGAGUACCGGUUCAAAUAUCUGGUAGGAGACAGGUGAACUCCUGUACGAACCAUCCGAUCGUACGAAACAACUUGUCUCGUAUCAACAGGUUCGUGUAGAACCGGUUUUACGGUGUUUCGUUCGACGAAUGUUGACAAUUGUGCAACUUGAAAAUAGUUUCUACUUCGUUCUAGGUUCUACGAUGCGCGUAGACGCAUUGAAAAACAUCGAAACGCGUUGGAAGCGCUCGGUAGAAGUAUUUGUCCCAAACGCGAGCGUCCGAUUCGCUUCGCGUGCUUAUUCGCGUAUGCUCGACGAAAACGGAAUUCUCUUCUACAAAAAUGUAGACGCGUGCUCGGUUCCGAAGAGACUCGUAGGACCCUCUACGAUCUUACGAAUUCGUAAAAGAAAACCACGUCCUGUCGUUCGACGAUCUCGUCGAAGCGUUUAUUUCGCGGUAUAGCGCAAUGCUAUUAGAUAAUCUUGGUUCUUUAUCCUUCGCGAGCCGCUUAUCGAUCGUUCGAGCUCGCGAACGAACUCUGAAAUUUAAAGGUUGAACGAUGUUCCUGUAUUUACGCGGUUUCGCGAAUUCGACGUUUCUCGCGUAUCGUGGAAAUUAUUGCUGAAAUCGAGGCCUCGAGGACGAAGCGUAACGCAGCUUUUGUUUCCGAUCGUUUCGGAAAGGUUCGGAAACCUUUGUCCUAAAAGAUGUUCUUCUCUACUCGGCUCGUCGAACGUUACGACCGCGUAUCUACCGCGAAGAAAAGGAAGAAAAUCGAGUGUACGAUCUUCGCGGCGUCUCUCGUCUCGACUACCGCGAGGACUCGGUAAAAAGAUGCGCGCAGCUUCUUCUCGAAAAUCGUGUCUUCGGUGUACCGGACAAAAUCGUCCGAGAAGAAAGAAUCGAGUCCGCGUUCGUUGCUCUAGACGAGAUAUUCGACGAGCGACUAAAAGAAGCGCGCGUUGGAUUACCGCGCGCGUUGUUCGGCGUGCUAAACCGAAUCGACUUCGGACAACCCAUUUUUCAGCGAUUUCACUCUCGCCCUCGAGUCGGUGAUCGGAGCGUCGAGGCGACGCGACCAGUCUCUCGCCCGAAAUUAUAGCCGUCGCGCGAACAGGUACGUAGGAGCGCGCGGGGGAUCCGUCGCGUUUUCGUAGUCCAAGAUGCCCGGACAUCGACGUUAAUAUCGUUACGAUUCCUUGUUCCUGCGUAACGUUUUAUCGUUGCAAAAGUCCGACACGCCGGUGUACAAAGCCCCGCCUGGGGUCGAUCCG